UUUAAACGAUUUGAUUAGAUCCACCCCUGAGUCACGAUCUACAACUCUCGUCGAAACGUCCACUCUUUAAUCUUCCCUCAUUCUCCCAGUGAACCAGACUCUUACUGGAUGCUUUCCCAAUUGAAGUGAUUCCCACUCACACUCUUCAUGUUUCUGCGAUUCAGCGAAAAACCACAGCAAUCUCUCCCCCCAAAAGUUCCCCACCAUGGAGUUCGGAGCAAGGUUAAACACGGAUGUUCUUCACAGUCCCGAAAAAUUCAUUCAGCCGGGUAAGCCCGAGGACAUAACAAAAUGCAAAGACCGCCAGAUCUCCGUCUCCGCAAAAGAGAAUAUAAGCCUUCUCUGCGUGAACUCUAACAGAAAUUUGACCCACUACGGCUUCUACGCCCGCAUUCUCUCAAUCAUCGAUGACUCGAACAUCCCUGUCGAGCUUCUGCUGACCAGCGACAAUUGCGUGACGAUCGCAAUUGACUCGAACGCGGUUAGCGAGGACGCUCUGAAGGCCGCUCAGGCUGAGAUGCAGCCGUAUAGCCGUCCCGCCUUGGCUGGGGAUAUGGUUAUGCUCUCCGUGAAAAUCGCUUCGAAACUUCACUGUAGUGAGGUUUUGUCUUCGACUUUUUCCAUCUUGAGUGCUUGUUGCAUUCCUGUGCAUAUGAUUUCCCUUGCUGCUGAUGAGCCGAUUGUCUACUGUGUUAUCAGUAAAUCGGACGUGUCGCGGGCACAGAAAACGCUCUAUUCCAAUUUACAUCAGCACUAUGCGUGGUGGAACUGA